AUACACACUCGUGAACAUUUUGAGAUAAUAAAAAUAAUCAUAUACUCCUGGUCAACACUAUUUCAAGGAAGAUGUGAUCAUUCAAAUAUUCAUCCAGAAUUGGAGAAGAUUGAGAGUAGCCAUUGUCAGGAGGGCAUCAGUGUGUGCCAACCCCACAAGUGUACAAGAUGACACAGCAGAUCCACAGCUACUCGGGUCAGAGUUAUGACCGCUGGGUGGAGCGUAACUCUAGCAGCUCUACCCUGGGGAAGGUCCAGAAACAAUUUUGGUUUACCAAGAGCGCCGUCAUCCGCAAGUUUGGCAAGAAGGAAGAUGAGCACGUGGUCGCUUCUGACGCUGAACUUGAUGCUAAGAUAGAUCUCUUCAAGGCUAUAGAAUAUAGUACCAAAGACCUGCAGGUAUUGCUUGCAGACUACCAGAACAAGAUAUGUGUUAUGGCCCAAGAAGAAAAUGCUAUGGGUCGUCUGCUGAAGGAGUAUGGGAAGCAGGAUAGGAGUCGAGCUGGAAAGAUGAUGACCGCUGUAGGUAAAAGCUUGAGUUAUACAGCCCAACAGCGAGUGGCACUCAGAAAUCCUUUGGUUCGACUCUUUCAAGAGGUCGAUACUUUUCAUACCCGAGCAGUGGAAGACACCUCCUGCACUGUCACAGAGAUGGAAAAGAUAAGAACUGAAUACCGUGGUGCACUUAUGUGGAUGAAGAACAUCUCCCAGGAUUUUAACCCAGAUCAGUAUCACCAAUUAGAAAAGUUUAGAGAAGUCCAAGGAACAGUGAAGCAAAAGAAAGCCAAGUUUGAUCGCAUCAAGCUGAAGAGUUUGCAGAAGAUUGAUCUCCUCGCGGCCUCUAGGUGUAACAUGUUCUCUCAUGCUCUAAUUGUCUACCAAAAUAACCUCAUAACAUUCUCAGACAAGACAUCCAAAACCCUGAUCAGUGUGGCUAAUAACUUCAGAGGAUAUCAACCUUAUGAUUUUCAGGUGAUCAAGGAGCUUGCUGAACCUCCCAGGAAACUCAGUGACGACGCUAAAGAAGAGGACGAGGAGAACCUGGAUGAAGAUGAGGAGACAUUCUUCAACGCCGAGUAUCACGAUGAUCCCGAGAAGAAAAACAGAAGAAAUCAGGACAGACAGUCGAGUAAGAAAACCAAAAAGGAAAAUUCUGAUCAAAAGAAAUCAGACAGUCUGAUGAAUCUACUUGACUGCACUGAGGACAAUAAGAGUGAUACAUUGAUCUCAUUAAACCAAACAGAGGGAAGUUCAGUCUCACAGUCAGAUAACAAUGAGAAUAGUUCCCAGAUAAUGGACUUCCUGACAAAUAACCCAGAAGUGCCUGAUAUAGAAACUGAUACACAACAAAUGCUAAAAGAAUUAUUUGAUAGCCCCAGCCACCAGCCACUCCCUGUGUUUGGCAGUGAAGUUGGUGCUUGUAGGACACCACUCAAUGCUGCAGCCCAGAACUCUUCCACUGGUGCUUUGGGUCUUGAAGAUUUAGACAAUGAUCCAUUUUCUAUGUUACAGAAUCAGUCACACCAACAGCCACAGAACAUGUUCCUCCCAUCCCAGUUAUUAGACUUUGGAAUGCAAGGAUGGCAAGCUCAGAUGGUUCAGCAGGCCACGGGAACACCACUCUCACCUCAGUCCUUCCCUUCACCAGCUAACAAAACCUCGCCAGCCAGUUCUUUGGUGCAACCAAAGCGUUCCCCAACCAGUGCAAGUACCAUGUCCAACCAAAACUUAAAACAAGAAGUUCAAAAGUUGGAUUGGUAUAAAGUGUUUCAGGACAUUGACCCACUAGGUGACCCAGGGAGUGCCAUCUUCAGCCAAGUAACAGAUGAAGAUAAAAAGUGUUAAAUGACUUGGUUCCCAGAGAAGCAGUAUAGUUAGACAUGAUUACAUGGGGCCUAGAAUCUUUUAUUUUUUACUGACAUGAUCUUGGCUUUUACCAUAGUCAAGUCUUCCUAGACCUAAAUGCCUUCUUAUAUAAGUCAUACCACAUUUUCUUCAUAAAUGAGGAGUUAUAGUUUGUUUCUAACUGUAGCUGCCUUCUUUAUGGCUGUUAUUCUGCAACCAGCUUAUCUUCUCUAGCCUGUUUGUAAGCAAUGAUAUCAUUAAAAGCUUUAUUGUUGGAGUAUAUAUCUGAAUUAAAAAGGCUUUUCUUUAAAAGUAAUUGGCUGUUGAAUAUAAUAAGCAUAUUUGAGCUAUGUUGUGUUCUUAUUUUUAAGCUUUAAAUUAUAUUGAAGUAAAGUUACAGUAACAUACAUGCAGUACAUGCCACUCUUCAUUACUAUCACAAAAACCCAAUGUUAGUUUUUUCUAGUCAGGAUGACAAAUUUAUAUAGAACCAUAGAACUUGGCUGCAGGUUAUACUGUACUAUGGCCCCAGAUGUCUUUAACCCGAGGAGUAUAAUUGGGAGGGGAGAUGAAUAUAAUUUGGAUGGGGAACUUGGGUACAAUUGUGUAGAAUGUGAGAAAUGAGCCUCAGGCAGUUAGGUCAGUUUUAGUAACUUACGGACACACACACAGACAUCCUUCUGCAUUACCAAUAAAUUUCUCUCUGACCACGUAUUUAGCAUCAUUAUUCUUGCAUUACUUUUUCCUUUUAUUAUUACAUUCAUUUGUGUGUCAGUAUGUGAAUGAUGUGUUCUAGUGUCAUGUACACCCUGGUGGUGGUUGCAGAAUCUCAUCCUAAAUAUUCAGUCAUCAUAAUCGUGUGGCACCUUUCAUACUGAUUCCCUCACAUGUGUAUUGUUCCCUAUCUCUCCAUCCGACUGCAUUUUUUGGUCAACACUGCAUCUGAUCGGUCUCGCUGAUGUUAAAAUUUCAUUGUUUGGUGAACAGCUAUAUGUUUAUGACUGAUAUGUUAAAAUGUGUUUGUUCAGUGUAUAAUAUAUGGCCAAAGAUCCCCCACUAGUCCUCAUGGUUGUAGUCUUUCUGGGUUCAAAAGAUGACACAGGCUCUCUCUCACCCUCACCCCAGACUGUACUGUAUUGACAACGUGUUGAAUUAUCCCUAUCCCAUUCACAUGCUUUAGUAGCUCCAUUUAUAACAUAUUAUUGCCACUAUACUGUACAUGCAUAUACCAGUUUAAAAAGCUCCAGUAAUACACAAUGUUGUUUAUGCAUGUGUGUAUGCCAGUGUAACUGUGCAGUAAAGCAGGGAUUAGAAGUGUGUUGUAACGUAUGCUUGUUGUAGGACAUGGCUCUUGAUUUGCAGGUUUGCCGGAAGUUGAAUGAUUUUGUACUGGAUAUAUUGAAUGUGUGUGAGCACUGGGCAAAAAAAGUCUUACCUCAGCAUAUGAUCAAGUGAUUGUGUAACAAUUAUACGUAAUUGAAUUUUUUAUUUUUUGGUACAGUACGAGUGCUGUAAUUGAUUGUUAUUGUUUAUAAGUACAGUAGAGUACUGUAUAUAAUACACAUUAGUGAUUUUGGGGGAAUAUGAAUUUGAUUUAUUUUUUUGCUGUUGAAAUAUUUCAAAACUUUUUUUUUUUUUUUUCAAUUUUUUUAUUCUUUACAUUUAUGUGAUAGAUAGUGUAUCUGUAUAUAUUUUUUUCAAAUUACACAAAGAAAUGUUUUGAAACAAAUUCUUUGUCAAGUGCAGGGAUGCCCAGACUAUGAAAUUGUUCCAUGAACUACUGUGCUUCUCUGUGGUCCCUGUGUGCAGGUCCUGCCUCGCCCCAUGGUACUCUACUGUAUAUAUGCCUGGCAGAUACAGUAUUUAUUUUCACAAUAAUUUUUCGUAGUUCUUUUUUAUUUAGUGUAGAGUGCAGAAUUGGUGUCCCUUUUGAUACCAAACAAACAAGUAAGAUUUUUUUACGUUUUAUUAGAGUUACACUGCUGAAAAUUCUUGACCAUUUAAUUAAAUUGUGAUUACUUUACUAAUGUGCAAGUAACCAUGAUGCAGUGUGUUGUAUGAUUAUAUUGUGUGAUAAUUAUUUAUAGUUAUGAUUGUUGUCACUAGAGUAUUUCUGUUUCUCACCAGAUCACCUGCAGGGAACAACCUUAUUGUGUAAAUGCAGUACUUACGCCUGUUAUUGGUGUAGUGUUCAUGAAAUGUAACUGAUUCACGUGUGUGGUAAUGCUAGUUAUGUUUCUUUAUCUACCAUGUAGGGGUUGUAGGUCAAAUGGACCCCAACUUAACCUAGCCAGUAGAAUUUGGGCUGUUGACCCAAACAGGCUCUCACUACACUGCAGCAACACUCAUAUACAUACAUCUUAACAUUACUUUUGUAUACAGCUACAUGUACAAUAUAUAUCUUACUCUCAUAAUCCCACAGUUUGAAUGUUAGUUAUCUUGUUCUUCUCCUCUCACCAUACUUGUACCUGGUACUUGUGUCCAGGUGACAACACACUUCAGAAUCAUGUCUUUACUCCUCUCACCAACUUUGAUCAUAGAUUCUUCAUUCCUUAAAAUUCCUUGUUUUGCUUCAGUUCUGCUGAUCUAAUCGCCAACUUGAUGAACAAUGUACAGUAUAUCUGAAUGAUACAUUGUAGGAUUAUCCUCGUAAUGUGUAUUUCUGAUAGCCAUCAUAGUCAGGGAGGGGAUAUAUCAAUGGUCCCAUUAUGUCUAUAGUGUGAAGUGUGUUGGAUGAGGUCCAGUUCUCAGUCAUUGCAGUUUGUUUAUUCAUCAGACUUCACAUGAAUUACAGCACUGUACCACAUCAUACAAUAUAUUGACCUGAUAAACUUUUAAUUUAAUAUCUACUGUAUAUUUCUGUUUAUGUUUUAAACUCUUGUCUAUGUUUUUAGAGUUAUGAGAUCUGAAACUUGACUUCAAGUUUCACCCUGAGUGGCCAUGAGCAAGUCACUAUGACGUACACACCCGAGUGAGUCCAGUCAGGUUUUAUGUUUUGGUUUGUAUCUCAGAAUGUUUAACGUUUAAGACUGGUGGCUGGUUUGUGCUGUACCAUACUUUCCCCGGCCAAAGGAAGAAAUAACAGACAGGUGUGACCUCCCAUUUGAUUGUAUGUUGGGACAUACAUUAUAUGCCCCCAGAGUUAAAGGUGUUAAUUAGGAUACUACAUACACGCAUCUUUAUUUCCAGACUCUUGUAAAAAUUAUAUAUAUAUACAUAUAUAUAUAUAUAUGCAAGUAAAUCACUGUGGGUGCGCUUGAUCCAGGUAUAUGCUGAUAACUACAAGGAAAGAAGAAAUUACACGAAAGCG